GAUUAGAAGGACGGGGCAUGCAGAGCUGUUUCCUGCCGUCAGCUAAACAUUCUUGGGCUGUCCCCCAGGGUGCGUGUGAGCUGUCAACAUCCAGAACUUUCCGUGCCUAUUCGCAAAGCGAAAAGCGUUUCUUGCUUGAGACGUUCGCGCGUAAACGCGCCCGGGAGGUCGUCACUCCUUUGUGCAUCCGACAGUUCGAAGCGUGAUUCCAGGGCCUUCGAGCCGUGCUUUGUGGUCGUUUGUCGACGUUUCAUUGUACCAGGGGUCUGUGCCCAGACUUGCACGCGUAUCACAGAAGUAACCGGCUAUGAAUAAUCGUAGAAGGCGUGCUAAUGUGGACGCCUUCGUGUGCCAAGUAGCUCCAAUUUCUGUCGUCCUUAGAUUAUCGUCACUUGAAAAAAGAUGGUUAUCCAUACAAGUUAUUGACUAAAGAAGGUAACUGAGGUGUCAUCGAUUACAUAUGCGAGCAGAACCAGCUGGCCCAGUUAUUUCAGUGUUAAGUGCACUGACAUUUGUUUUCUUCUGAAUUUGCAGUAUUCCUGUUGACUCGUUUUAUGGUCCCCACAGCUAAAGUGACAUUGAAAUGAUUGCUGGAGCAAGGGAGUAGUGUAUGAACAGGUUACUGGUGAAGUUGUUACUGGGUGGUCGCGUCUGUUCGGCAAUGAGGUCUCACUUUUGGUCUGGUGAUUGACGGCUGUCAUGGCAGAGGCGACGAAACGACGCCCGUACGUGUCCUGUAUCAAGAGCUUCGGCAGGCCCAUUCUGCCCCCCUUGAUGACGGACGAGAAGCGGCUGCUCAUGAGGCAUUUCAAGGCAGUUGCUUGUGAACGAGAGGCAGCACGUGCACAGCGCAAGCAGGAUGCGUUUCUUUGUACCUCGGGUGACCUCAGCUCCCCUGACAGCAGCCUUGGUGUGGUGCACUCUGCGCCGCCAUCUUUGGCUACGAGCGGUGACCCAUCUCCGAUGUUGUCGCCACUUGUCGUCGCAAGACUAGAGAGAGAUGAGCAGUGGGCUGUCUCGGACACCCCCGAGACUGGCUCGUCGGCCACCCUGGUGCCCAGUAGCUCAGACUCGGAGACUGGUGGCACCAGUACGAUAGACUCUGUGGGCAGCCAGCUUGACAAGGUUGAGGACAAGGGGGCAGGUUAUCCAAAAGACACGCCCAAGCCAUUCCCAGAAGUGGAUUUAGUACCAGGCAUUCAGGAUGAAGGCACGGAGGUGCGUGAAGCAUCGACCGAGACUACACCAGCAAUGCCUCCGACACCUACACCGAGGCAGCACGUACAAUCGGCGCCUACAACACCCACAAUGAUGCAAACAAUGCUGCCUGCAAUUAGAGUGGAACUGGCAACAACACCUAAAACACCUGUGAUGAGGUUGCCAGUGACGGCGCCAGUGACAUUGCCUAAAACACCAGUGACAAUGACAGUGACAGCGCAAAAUACACUAGUCGUGAAUCCAGCAACAAUGCCAACAACAACACCUCCUGGAACUCCUAGAACACCUGCAAGGAGGACAUCGACCACACCAGCGACAACGAUGCCACUGUCGCCUGAAACACCAGUGAUGGUGACAGUGACAACAGAGGUAACACCAACUACAACACCCACAACUACAGAGACUCUACCACUCUCACUGCCAGACAGAGACAUAUGCUUCCCAACCAAAGUAUCGGUGCCCUCCCUGUGCCGAUCGCGAUCGUUUGUGGUCGACAGCCCGUCCCUGGCCCAGUUGCUGCUGAGGGGAUUGCGCCGAGAUGGUAGCGAUGGCGUGAAUGGAACAGCCGUCAAGAUUGUUCAGCCCUGCAACUCCCAGUCUAAGACAGCGUCAAGUUUGAGCCCUGCCAGCAGUGAGCGACAUGCGUGUGCCACGAGGGCAGAAGCACGAGUCCGCAAAACAAAAGUGCUCAAAAUGUCAAAAACUUUUGUCAAAGACGAUAGUGAAGUGGACAGUCUAAGCCUAAGCUCACAAGUGACAGGUGCCGACGAAAGUAGUCCCCAAAUUGGUGAUGCUGUUCAACUUCAAAGUGACUCUGUGUGUGUGCAAUCAGCAAAACAACAGGAGGCUAUGCCUACUCACAGUGGUCUCAACUUUUAUGCAUUUGGAGGUAAGAAAGCUGGAUGCCCAAGAGGAUCCCCUCCAUUCGCUGAGCCAACAGUGCCUGAGUCGCCUUACAGAGUUGAACAAGCAUCGACUCUGCCGGGCAAAUGGGACUGUGCCGAUGAGCGUUUGAUUUCUCGUGCCUUUGGUGACACUCUGAAAAGUUUUGCCAAGAUUAAUCGUCUUGCCGCCCACAAGACAAUGGACAACAGUUGCAACGUUUCUUUCGACAACUCUUCCAAAGUGACCGGGCGCGUUGUGCCUUGGACUUUCUCUGCAUUUGACAUGGUUGCUGCGACCAAAGAACCUGAGAGCACCUUGCGUGGAAUCCCAAAUGUACCCGGGGAUGAUUCGGGGGAGGAGACUGUAGCGGAUGACGUGUUCAUCGACGCCCUCAACGAUAGCUGUACCGAAGUGUCAUCGCCUUUAUUGCCCAACUUUUUUACCAAAGACAGUGCUGCAACUGCUGGUACCUUGCCAAGUGACUGGGAUCAAGGCGGCAUUAAUUUCGUGCCAGCAUCAACCAGUUCCAAUAGACAGUCUAUUUGUUCCUCUACCAGCAGCAUCUACUCAUCAUCUUGUGCAGAACAUGAUGUUCUGGCCCUGACUCUCAACUCUUCGGGUGAUGUUGAGGAGGAUGAAGAACAGUAUGAAAAUACGGAUGAACCUCGUGGUGACCAAGCAAAUUCUUUUGCUGAGCUGGCUGGCUCUAUAGAAAACAGUGGGAGCUCGUUGGAUGAGUCUUCUGCAAGUUCUGGCAGUGAACGGCUGAAAUCUCUUGAUCAACACAUGUCGGCAGCUGACAUGCUCUCGGCUCACGAGCUCAAGUUACAGGCCCUCUGCCAGACAAUCGCGCGGGACUACGCCAAGGUUGACUGGAGUACCACCACAGCAUUGCACAAAGAAGCUGUUACCAUAGCAACAGAAGAAGAGAGGUCUGAUGCAGCCAACAAUGCGCCCCUGGAAGUGCAGACGGCAAGCUCAACAUCGCCUGCCAGCAUGGAAGGCCCUUCUGGCCACGUGAGCCCACUGGCUGACCUGUCCGUGUUGCAGCACUCGGAUGCCGACCACUCUCGGCUAGACUCGUCACUGGCCAGCAUGUCCAUCCAUCUGGACUUGCUGUCAGAAACGCGACAGUCCCUCCACCCCAAGUGGCGCCGAUGCUUCGACCGACUGACAGCAAUGGCCAGGGGCCACCUGACUCGUAGGCUAAUGAAGACACACCGGGUGCAGUCCAUCAUCCAGACCAUCAAGAUGGUGGCACCAUCCCUGUGA